AUGGAUUGCAACUUCAUCAUCACUUUGGUCAAGGGGAACACUGAAGGCAGCCAGCAUGGAGCCCAACAUCUGUUGCGGGAUAAUAAACUGACCAAAAUAAGUGCACUGCCGCUGUUCGACAAUUGGCAUACGGAUGUUUUAGCGGGGCAUGAAGCGGCUGUGCACUUCCUCGCCAACAAUUCUCACCACACUCGAGGAUACUACUUAACAGACGGCAUCUAUCCGGACUGGCCGGUGUUCGUGAAGAGCUUCCAGUUUCCGAACGAUGAAAAGAAGCGGAGGUUCAAGGUGAUGCAAGAAGCUGCAAGGAAGGAUAUUGAACGAGCUUUCGGUGUUCUUCAGGCUCGGUGGGGUGGAAAUGCAAGUAAUUUUGACGGUGACGACGGCGAGGGACCAAGUUCUACUCCUCAAACACAAUUCAAUUCCGGAGCACCACCGGAGUUCGCCGCCUAUUUGGCACGGAAUGCAAGCUUGAAGGAUGUACGAUUGCAUGCUCGCCUCCGCGAUGAUUUGGUUGAACAUAUAUGGGCACGCUUUGGUCCGGUUGACCCGUAG